AUGAACGACCCUACAGAUAAACGCCUUCAACCCUUCAUUGCUUUCCUGUAUGCGCGCGCCCACGAUGACCUUACUGUAGGCUUAGAGCUUCAGGCACGCGGCAAACCUCGCGAUCACCCUCUCGUUCACUCGUUCUAUCAUACCGCUGCUGGGUUUCUCCAGCUUCACUUCUUGAUCUUGCAAAACCUGCGGGCACUUUACGCGGCGCUCGUGGAAGACUAUCUCAUACUGGAAGGCAAUCGCUUUCUCCCCGAGGAUUUCUACGAGGAUUUUGGCAUACCUGAGUAG